AUGGCUGUCACCAUCACUGUCACCCCCACUGCCACCCCUGAGGCCACCAUGGCUGUCACUGUCACCAUCACUGUCCCCAUGGGUGCCACCAUGGGUGCCACCAUCGCGGUCACCGCCGGUGUCACCGUCACCAUCAGGGCCACCAUUGGUGUCCCCAUGGGUGUCACCACCACUGUCGGUGUCACCACGAAUGUCACCCCUGAGGCCACCGUCGGUGUCACUGUCACCAUCAGGGCCACCAUCGGGGCCACCGUCAUUGUCACCGUCACCAUCACCCAACUGUCACCGCUGAGGCCACCACUGGUGGCACCAUCACUGUCCCCAUCGCUGUCACCAUCGGUGUCACCCCUGCUGGCAUCAGUGAGGCCACUGUCGGUGUCACCAUCGCUGUCCCCAUCCCUGUCCCCAUCAGUGUCACCAUCCCUGUCCCCACUCGUGCCACCACUGGUGUCCUUGUCCCCGUCACCAUCAUUGUCACCAUCGCUGCCACCAUCACCGUCCUCAUCCCUGUCCCCAUCAAUGUCACUGUCCUUGUCCCUGUCCCCACCAGCGCCACCACCAUCGUCCCCGUCCCCAUCGUUGGUCACCAUCGGUGCCACCAUCGCUGUCCUCUUCCCUGUCCCCACUGGUGCCACCAUCGCUGUUCUUGUCACCAUUGGUGCCACCAUCAUCGUCCUCAUCCCUGUCCCCAUCGGUGCCACCAUCAGUGCCACUGUCCUUGUCACCAUCCCUGUCACCACCAGUGUCCCCAAUGGUGCCACCAUCACCAUCACCAUCCCUGUCCCCAUCCCUGUCCCCAUUGGUGCCACCAUCACUGUCCUUGUCCUCAUCCCUGUCACCAUCAUUGUCACCAUUGGUGCCACCAUCAUCGUCCUCAUCCCUGUCCCCAUCGGUGCCACCAUCAGUGCCACUGUCCUUGUCACCAUCCCUGUCACCACCAGUGUCCCCAAUGGUGCCACCAUCACCAUCACCAUCCCUGUCCCCAUCCCUGUCCCCAUUGGUGCCACCAUCACUGUCCUUGUCCUCAUCCCUGUCACCAUCAUUGUCACCAUUGGUGCCACCAUCAUCGUCCUCAUCCCUGUCCCCAUCGGUGCCACCAUCAGUGCCACUGUCCUUGUCACCAUCCCUGUCACCACCAGUGUCCCCAAUGGUGCCACCAUCACCAUCACCAUCCCUGUCCCCAUCCCUGUCCCCAUUGGUGCCACCAUCACUGUCCUUGUCCUCAUCCCUGUCACCAUCAUUGUCACCAUUGGUGCCACCAUCAUCGUCCUCAUCCCUGUCCCCAUCGGUGCCACUGUCCUUGUCACCAUCCCUGUCCCCGCCAGUGCCACCACCACGGUCCCCAUCACCAUCGUUGGUCCCCAUCGUGCCACCAUCAUCGUCCUCAUCCCUGUCCCCAUCAGUGCCACCAUCACUGUCCUUGUCACUGUCACCAUCAUUGUCACCAUCGGUGCCACCAUCACCAUCCUCAUCCCUGUCCCCAUCCCUGUCCCCAUUGGUGCCACCAUCACCGUCCUCGUCCCUGUCCCCACUGGUGCCACCAUUGCUGUCCCUGUCACCAUCCCUGUCACCAUCCUUGGUCCCCAUCG